AUGCCCGUUUCCUAUGCCCCUUCAUCGGCCAAUCCGUUUGGCAGUGCAGCGGCUUCCUCUUAUCUUUACGAUGAGUUCAUAGAGGCUCCCGAUCUUACUCCACAAGAACAACACUUUGAGAAUAUGAAGAAUUUUUUGAGUGAAUUUCAAUUGUUGUCCUGUAAUAUGCAAGAAAGUUUUCAUGAUGAGAUGGUUUCUCAAUUAUUGGAAUCCUUUGAUCAGACUCAGAUAGGUUCGGCUUCGGGUAUGCCUGCUGUUGGAAGUAUUGGAACUUCACAACCUCUCAUACGGUUUCGAUUUUCUCCCAAUGAAAAUCUUCGUUUCGAUGAAUUGUUGCAAAUCUCAACAGAGAAUCAAAUCCUCAGAAAAGUUCUUUUAGUAUUCGCUCAUCUUUGUGAAGAGAUGACUUUUUUAUCAUCAUUUGCAAAACAACACUUUUAUCCAACACUUUCAUUGUUUGGCGUUACAGUACAGGAUCAAGAUGAAUUAGAUGGCGAGAAACAAUUACAAUUCGGACGAGCUAUUCCUCUAUUGAUGGAUUUAUGGAACUUUUGUGCACGAUCUAAUUACGUGGUAAAGUCAACUAUUCAUCAACUAGCAAGCUUAUUUUGCGAAGCCAAUACAAACGAUAAGAAUUUAUCGACCUAUCUCGGAGGCCCUGGUGGCUCACAAAAUCAAUGGUGUCAUUUUGAAAGAGUUUUCGAGAGUCUUAGUGAGCUUCUUGGUGUUUUGAUCACAUUAGAUGAAGUUAUUCUUCAAAACAGCGCCUUCUCUCAUCACUUAACACUGUACAAGAGAAUGAUUAGCAAGGUCAUGACUGAACCUGAGAGAUACGGAACAACUAAACAAAAUGUCGGAAAAGUGUAUUAUUUAUUAGAAAAAGUAGAAGGAGAUGUUUUGGAUGAUUCAAUUUUUAAGUCUUGCAUCAACCAAGCUUUUGAUGAUGUCGUAACAUAUUCUCAGUUAGUUCAAAAUGAAAAUGGAGAAACUCAAGAGAAAGUUGAAAAUGUCACUAUAAAUGUGCAGAGAAACAAAUUACUAAAAGCAGAAGUAGAAUUUCAUUUGAAAUUACAAUUUGAAGAAAUAAUGAACACGGUGUUUGUACAACCCUCAGCUACUUUCCAAGUGCAAUCAUCAGGCGCAGCAUCUCUUUCUGGGUCAAAUAACACUGCUACCUUUUUAGAAUCAGUUCUAGAGAAGCGACAGGAAUUUGUUGGUUUUUGUGGAUUAUACAUUUUAUAUUUUAAUUUAUGGAUGGACAACCAAACUCUAAAGAAGCUUUUCAAGCAAGUAUGGGAAUUCCACAAAAAGUGUCCAAUCAUCCAUUUAUACGGUAAUACUGUUUGGUCUUCUGCAGAGUUUUUCUUUACCAAAGUACCAGACAUGGUUAGGGUGGCAGGCAUUAAGAACCCAAAGAAGGAAAUUGAAGCGGACAGAUCCAAGUACAUGGAGAAUUUGAUGAAAUCUUUGUUCCCAACUAUGGUUAACCAACUUAAUCUCAAGAUGAACAUUUGGGAAAGUCGAUUUGAAUCUAACUUUGACGUUUUGGCUUCUUCAGGUAGAGACGUUCUUGCCAUUGAAGGAUCAUUGUUGUUGCAAGGUCUCGAACUUGCGCAACAAAUUAAUACCCUUGUUAAAAACGGAAUUUAUUUACAUAUUUUGGCUGGUAAAAGUUUGACCAUGUCUCAAGUUCUCCAAUUGUGUGGAAUGGUGGAGAUGAUCAAAAGUAUCCAAAAUAGUUUUUACAGAAAGUCUCCACAAUUGGCAAAACACAUCAGCUAUAUUACCGAGUUCUUAACUUUCAAGAUUCAAAACUUCCUUGUGGUCUUGAGAAACAGACUACAAACAAAAAAGAAGCAAAGUAAUGCAGAUGCCGAUCAAUUAAGCGCUGUACUUUUGGCUUUACAUUUAUUGGAUUCAGGACAUGCCAGCAGAAAGAGACUAGUGUUGCUCAACCUCACACUGGCUGUAGCAUUCUCCAGAGCAGCAGGUUUAUUCAAAGAAUCAGAGUACGAGGAAGUCAAAAUAUUAAUGAAGAGAUUGGAAGUGCUAGCACAUUUUGACGAAUAUUUGGACGAGUACUGUGAUUGCUCAUACCUGUACUGGAAUAGACUAGUAAUUCCAGCAUUCUUUGACAAGGUAUACGAAAAUCCAUCUCGUGCUCCACAACUUCACCUCAUGAUGUCUGCACUUCAAGAUCCAUUAUACAAUGUUCUUCUCUCCUCCAAGGAUGGAACAACACCAACAGCUGUUCAUUUGGAAGAUGCAGGAAAAGCUCUAGUCAACUCUUAUAUUGACGAAGUGAUGACAUACUUUAAAACAAAAAUUGUAGACCCUCUAUGUCAAGAAGUUGAAACAGAUCUCAGACUUCACAUUCACAAUACGAACGUUUUGAAAAAGAAAGUCAUUUCUUCUCAUACCAAAGACCUGUCGCCAUUCUUCAAGACACUUGGUCCCAUCAGAUUCUACGACAAAAUUAUUGAAAUCAAGAGAAUGGUAGAACAAUAUCUUGACAAGACGUUCUAUGAUUUUACAAUCUUGGCACUUCACGACUGGAAGACUUAUGAAGAAAUGAGAAACUUGGCAUAUGAAAAGUAUGGAUUGAAUUUAGUGAAUGUGUAUCUUCCUGGCCAAACUCUUGAACAAGGACUUGACGUUUUGGAAAUUACUCGAAACAUUCACAUUUUUGUUGCCAAGUUCUCAUACAAUCUCAAUCAAAAUAUGUUCAUUGAACAAUGUGCCAAGUCAGAUGCGAAAAGUCUCAAUGUGCUUCACAUCAAACACAUUGCAAACUCAAUUCGAACUCACGGUACAGGUAUUAUGAAUACCACCAUCAACUUUGUAUUUAGAUUCCUCGGAAAGAAACUUUAUAUUUUCUCUCAAUUCUUGUUUGACGAUCAUAUUAAGAGUAGACUUCUUAAAGAUAUCAGAUUUUAUAAGGAUGAAGCUCUCAAAUCUCUAGAUAACAAAUUCCCACUGAAGAGUGCUAAAAAGUUCAUCAAGGACAUUAAGAAAUUGGGAGUCAAUCCACAAACUGGUUUGUCUUAUUUGGAUCAAUUCCGUGUUCUCAUCACUGAAAUUGGUAAUGCCUUGGGAUAUGUCAGAAUGAUACGUGCUGGUGGUCUUCGUUACAUCAAUGAUGCAAUUCAAUUCGUUCCAAUGAAUUGCUUCCCAGAUGUUGAAGAAAAAGAGAAAACUGAAAACACCACACCAGAAAAUGCUGACUCUGCCAAUCCACCUACCGAUGUGACAAAUAACACCACUGAAGAAAAGAAGGAAGACGAUGCCAAUAAUAUCAGCGUCUUGUGUAAGGAUGUGUUCUCUGAAGAGACCAUGAAUGCUGCCAACAACUUACACAAAGUCGUUUUGAAUAUGGCUAAAAUUUCACAAUCACAACAAAGUGAUUAUUUCAAAACAUUAGAAACUGUGUUCAAGAAUGAAAUGAUGAAAGAACAAAAUAACCAUCUUAGAAACUUUUACAUCAUCAUUCCUGCUUUGACAUUGAGCUUUGUGGAAGCUAUGCUAAUCUCCAAAGACAAGAUGAUUCGUUCCGGAAAAGAGGCAUCUUUUACUGAUGAUGGCUUUGCUUUGGGAAUUGCAUUCAUUUUGAAGGUUUUGGGUCAAAAUGACAAAUUCGAUAGUUUGCAUUGGUUCGAAAGUGUGGCCAUGACUUUUAAACAAGAAUAUGAAGACACCAAACGAACCAUGUCUGAACUUUCUCAAAAGAAGAAUGAGGGAGGAAAGAAUAAGAAGAUUUCAGAGAAGGAACGAGAAAAGAUGAUGCAAAAUGAUGAUGAGUUGCAAACCAUGAACCUUACAUUGAACCGAAUUUUAAGCUACAAGAGAGAAUUUGAAUUACUGUUUUUCAGUUUCUCUGGUGCACGUGUAUUCUUCAGAGAUUAA